AUGAGCGAAAUUCGACGACGAAGUUUGAAAGAGCUCGAUGAAAUCGAUAUUUCUGACACUGAUUCUUAUAAUGAUGAAAUGAACGAGAUUAUUGAUGAUAUUGAGAAUGAUCGAGAAAAAGAGAAGGCCGUGGAGAAAAAUACGAGAAUUGUGUGGGUUUUUGGGGACCGAAAAUUGAAGUUUUCACCGGUUUUUAGGCCUAGAAAGCCCGAAAUUAUCGAUUUUUUCGAAUUUUUUUGAUUCACGAACGAAAAGAAAUGUUUUUUUAACAUUGAAAGAUCAAUUCACGAGGUAAAAAUUAUUUUUCCAAGUUUUUCAGCUAAAAAUGAUGACAAAUCGAGGUUUUUGAAGGUUCUGGAGUGAUUUCUGAUGAAAAUUGACCUUGGAAUUCAAUUUUCAGAAGUUUUUGCUGAUUUUUCGUGUGAAUUUUGAGAAAAUUGAUGAAAUGAGGUGAAAUAGGGUCUUAAUAAGCUUCGAGAACGCUAUUUUACCUCAUUUUUGAAAUUCACCAACGAAAAUUCAGCAAAAACUUCUGAAAACUGAAUUCCAAGGUCAAUUUUCAUCAGAAACCACUUCAGAAGCUUCAAAAAUCUCGAUUUCUCAUCAUUUUUGGCUGAAAAACUAACUUUGAUUGUGAAUUGAUUAAAAAAACUUUUUUUUCGCUCGUAAAUCUGUUUUUUAGGCCUAGAAAGUCUAUUUUUGCAGAAAAAUCAAGCAAACUUUGCGCGACUGGGGAACCGAUUGUUCUUGGCACGGAGUUCCGCACAUGGCCACGUCGAUUUCGGUAAGAUUCGCAAAAAAUCAAUAAUUUCAACUAAAUUUGAACUCAAAUUGCAUGCCACGUGGCAAAUUUCAAUUUUCAGUGCUUCACAAUUUUUCUGUGGACCACCAUCCUGUUGAUAAGUGCCGUUUUGUUCUGCUACUUGGUCACCUCCACAAUUCGACAAUAUUUGCGAUUCUCGAAAACCGUCGAUUUGAAUGUGAGUGAAUUUUGGCUGAAAAUGUAGAAUUUUCAGCCAGAAUCGUGGAUUUUUCGUUGAAAAAUCGAUUUUUUUGCAGAUCGGAAUCACCUCGUCUUCUUUUCCAUCGACAACUUUCUGCAAUUCGAAUGCCUAUAAAUUGAGUGCGGUCAAAGCGAUUCCUGAACUCGAGGCCCUUCUGACAAUUUAUAAUUCGGCCUAG